CCGGUUCUUUAGUCGCUGAUGAUGAGUUGUGAAGAAGCCUAAGAUCCCGGCAAAAAUCUUCAGUUUUUGGCCCACCUUCCCCUAUAUCUGUUCUUCUUCUCCUUCGUUGAAAAUAUCCCUUUUCUCUUUCUACUAAACGAUUUUUCUUUAUCUCUCAGUAAAAAAACCUAAGACCACUCACUACACCUCCGUUUACACCUGCCACCACCAAACCAGCAACGUACAAACGGACCCCUCAGUUACAUCGUGCGCACCACCACCGUGUGAUUGCACCACCACAUCAACUAAGCAGAAACCAACAUCGCACCACCAGAUAAGUGAAUAGGUAACUCUAAUUUAAUCUCAUUCCUUGCUUUCUUCUCCCCUGUCUCUCCGACUUUAAAAACCUUCAAACAAAAACCCUUAUAUGUAGAGAUCAUCCCUACCUUGGAGGCCACAAAGACGAAGAGCAAUAAAUAUUGUGAAAAGUAAUGCUCAAAAUCUUAUCAAGGUCGAAAGGAAUCAAAAGAGAUCAUCCCUACCUCGGAGGCCACAAAGACAAAGAGCAACAAAUAUUGUAUUUUGAACCAAAACACCAAACUCUGAAAUCAUCGACUCACUUCUCGGG